AUGAAGCAUUAUGCAACAAAUGCCGUCAAUUGUGACAAUAUCUACAGUGACGAUGCGUGUACAAUGAUAUACGGUAGCAGCGUAAUGGUUGGGACGACUACUGAAAGACCACUCUUAUGUUUUAUGCUUAACGGGGAGAGAAGUGAGGAAAUGAAAAGGAUAUCCAUUAGCACCUGCCCCAAAACUUGCGGAUAUUGUUGCCAAACCGAGCCGUUUGAUUGCAACAACUCACCUUUCCCUCGUAUAAAUUGUGCAUUGGUGACGAGUAGAAUGUGUCGAGAUCCUCAAUGGAGGGAAGUUCUCAUCGAGGAUUGCCCCAAUGUUUGCGGUUUUUGUCUAGAAGGAGGCUGCUAUGACAAAGCUGUUGACUGCACAACAGACAUUUCGAUUUGUAUGAAUGUGGGAAUGCAGGAUUUUGUUAAAGAAUACUGUCGCAAAACUUGCGGAUUUUGCCGACCAACCGCCACCACCACACCUGACCCCGAGUUCCGCGGCACCAACCCAAAUUGUGUGGAUUAUAAUACAAAUUGUGCCAGUUGGUCGUAUCGGGGAUAUUGUACCAGUCCGUUCUACAGUUACGAGACCAAGUUUGCGAACUGUGCGGCAACAUGUUCACUUUGCUAG